AAGAACAGACCUUUUAUCGCGCGAUAUAUCCCCUGUUCCGUUAUUACUUGCAGUACUGAAAAUUUAUAGGUUCGCGUGACGUAUCCUAUAGAUUGUUCAGUACUGCCAGUAAUAGCGGAACAGGGCCAUACUGCAGCCAAACGCCAACCAAAUCGCGGUAGUCAACAAUUAAAGUAUUAAUGCGCCUUGGCGGAAAAAUGCGAUUUAUGUGUGCGUGCGGCGUGUCCGUAUAGAUGUGUACAUGUAACAAUUCAGCCAGAUAGAUAUCGAAUUUUGAAUAGCAAAAUUUCAGGUCUCUUGAUUGAUUACAACAAUUGAAUUCGUCUGGUCUGCAAUUGAAAGCAAACGACAGAGAAGAGAAACGCCAUCGAAUCUCCGCAAUGAGCGAGGACGCGGAUCAGCUAAGCAAAUACCUGAAACAUUCGCUGAAAACGGCACCGAAAUCGAAUAUGCUAGAGUGUCGAGUCUGCGAAGAAGUUUUCACUGUGGAUGGCGUAAAGGUGCCGCGUCUGCUACACUGCGGACACACAGUGUGUCACUCGUGUCUUUUGCGUCUAAGGACGUGCAUGUCGGACCAACAGUUCUUGUUGUGUCCUUUCGACCGUCAGCCUACUACAGUCAGUGAGAACAGCAUCUACAGUUUAAAGAAAAACUUUGCGCUGAUCGAGCUGCUUGAGCGACUGGAGCAGACCAACAGCGAGAAAACAUUGGUGUUGGAGCAUGAGAGGCUUCAGUCGAAUCAGUCGUGCGACGAGGACGAGGCUCAUGUCGCCGUUCUUUAUUGCACCGUCUGUGCCUCGCACCUAUGUGAGAUAUGCGACACAGCCACCCAUUCGUCCAAGACUUUGGCCAAGCACAGACGCGUACCGUUGUCGGAGAAACCGCGUGAGAAACCUCGCUGCCCGAUACAUACAACGCACGUGGCUGAUUUCACGUGCACUCAAGAAGGCUGCAACAACUCAUUGAUGUGCUACCUGUGUAAAGAGUACGGCAAACACAGCAUGCACAAGCCGGCAUUAGUGGAGGAAGAGGCCGAGAACAUGAGGAAGACUAUAAUCGCAGCAUUACAAAAAAUGACGCAGUUUAUGGAAAGUAUGAGGGACACAGCACACAAAAUAGAAAUAGUGAUCGAGGAAUUGGAAGGCUGGGCGAUCGAAGACGCGAGGAGGAGAGUGCGAUAUCACUUCGAAGAGCUGCGCGCAGUUCUGGCCGAGCAAGAGAAAACGGCAAUGUCGUACAUUGAGACCGAAACUCGCGGCAGAUUGUGCGCAUUACGACAGCAGCAAAAGGAUCUUACGACUACGAGAUCGCAAGUUGCCAGUGUGUGUAUUCAAUGCGAAAGUAUACUCGACUCCGAGGACUGGAAGUUGCUCAGCAGUUCAGAGAAGGUCAAAGAGGUGCUGGCAACGUUAGAACAACAGCAACAGCAUUACGCGCAAUUGGGACCGGACUUUCUCAGUCCUGAGUCUUCAAUACCAAUUAUAUUCAGCAGGGACAACAGAAUACAUAUCGGAACAAAAAUCGAUAUGCGCGUAGUAAUCGUGGGACUGGACGGAGCAGGUAAAACAAGUAUUUUGUCUGCAAUGCGAGGUGUCACGCUGUCGAAUCCGCCAAUUCCUACAAUUGGCUUCAAUGUCGAAAGCUUGGAAUAUAUGAAUCUUGUGUUCACUCUCUGGGACGUUAGCGGCCAUCAGAAGUUCAGGCCGCUAUGGAAGCAUUACUUCUACAACACGCAAGCUGUUAUUUUCGUGAUCGACGCCAGUAACAGGUCGCGCUUCGAAGAAGCACAAAAUGAAUUAUCGAAGAUACUUUAUGACCGAGAGUUAAAAGACGCUUUGCUUUUGAUUUAUGCUAAUAAACAAGAUGUUCCAGGCUGUGCAAACGUCGAGGAGCUGGUCGACAUAUUCGGUUUGCAUAAACUUUGCUGCGCGAGAGUGUGGCACAUUCAAGGCUCGUCGUUAGUCACGAACGCCAGUGGCACACUGCAGGGUCUCGACUGGCUCUCAACGCAAUGCGUGUAAACGUGUUUUCCUUUUGUUGUUGUGCAAAGCUAUUUGUUUAAUAACAGGAAGUCGAGGAGAAAAACACAUGUGUCUGUUUUCAGCGAUUUCCGUAUAAACUGAAAUUUGGACUGAAAUUAGACAAAAAUCAUGAUAAGAAUUUUUGUGUCUUCGUUGGAUUUGUUUCUUAUAUAUAAUUGUUUUUAAAGAAGAAAUUUCUUUAGAUAUCAGAUACACUUUGAAAAUUGUUGAACAAAUUGUUAUAUCUAAGCGUCGUUGUUUUUUAUUUAUUAGUAUUUAACUUAGAAAACAUAAUUUUCUUGCUUUCGUGAAUGUGGAUAUCGACGUAAGUUAAACGAAUCUCUCUUACGUUACUUGUUACGUAUUUUGUCAACGUACAAGAUACGGUGCUUUUAGCGAGUCGCAUUAGAUUAAAAAAACAAAAAAAAAA